ACUCCUCUUCGUAAACUUUUCGAACAAUCCAUUCGCCAAAGAGUGUGGGAGGCAGACAGACAGAAGUGGAUGGCCAGAGACCUCGAUUCAAGGCUUUAAAAGCAGGAGCGGGAUUUAGAGAUUGGGAUAAUUCUGCUCUUGGCCUGGAGAGAGUGAGGUGGAAUAUAAAAGAGUUCAUCUGAAAGUUUUCACUCACUGGAGAGAGCAGAGAAGGAGCGUUAACAGGCUGAGCUGUUGUUCAGGGUUUCCAGAUGGCAGGCAUGAGGGGCCCCGCCUGCACUGGAGUCUGGCUUUAGAGUCCACAGGGGCUCCCACUUCAACUGGACACAUUCCACAGGACGUUUGCCCAUGAGGUCGUCAUCAAUGGUCCUGCUCCUCCUGAUUGGCGUCCAGGCUGUACAGACCAUGGGAGGUGGAUUAGCCCGGUGCGCCGAGGCAGCCAACCACAAAGUAGGACAGCAGACUGCAGCCAAUCACAGAGCAGGACAGCAGCAGACAGCAGUGGGGGACCAUCUUUCUGAACACCACUCUCAACAGGAGCAUCAAAGGACCAGCCAUCACAGGACCAAGAGGCCCCAUCGGUCAGCUUCACACACCAAGGAUAGAAGCCCUGUCAACGGGUACUCUACGUUGGAUUCCCCCCCUGACCCAUCCAUCCCAGUGGUGGACCCAAAGCUCUUCUCCAAAAGACGUUACCGCCCCUCUCCCCGUGUUGUCUUCAGCGAGGUGGCCCCAUCCCAUGAUGCUCUUGAAGGUGAGGGCUAUGACAUUGAAGGGGUGAGGGGGAUGAGGGUGCGGCGCAAAGCAGGAUCGCACACUAUGCACCGAGGAGAGUACUCAGUAUGUGACAGCAUAAAUACCUGGGUGGGCAACCUCACAAAAGCCACAGAUAUAGCUGAGAAAGAGGUGAUAGUGCUACCCAAUGUUACAAUCAACAAUGUGGUGAAGAAACAGUUCUUCUAUAUGACGACCUGCCGAUCCCCCACGCACAGAGGCCCUGGGACUCCAAACGGGGGAAAGCCAGGGAUACGGGGUGGAAAACAGGGCUCCUUAUCAGGCAACUUGGGCUGUCGGGGCAUCGACAGCCGCCACUGGAACUCCUACUGCACCAAUACACACAUAUUCGUAAGCGCCCUGACCAUCUACCAGGAACGGACAGCCUGGCGUUUCAUUCGAAUCAACGCAGCAUGUGUGUGUGUUCUCAGCCGGAAGUCUUGGGCCGGACGAAUGGGACACUGACUGGGGAGGACGACUGCUGACAACCAAACUAUGAACCAAGGACACACAUUUCUACUAAACAGCCACUGCAGCUUUAUUGCCAAUACUGUAAUCCUCUUCCCCAACUCCAUACAUACAAAAACACACAUACACACUCAAGCAGCUUUAUCUAUCCAACCCCUUGGUCCCUGACCCUACCUCAGUCCGAGAAGUCCUGGUUGUUUUAAGUUAUGAGGACUGCAUGUCAUAUUUAUGGUUUAUACAGUCAAAUAUGAAAAUAUAUACAUAUGUGUAUAUAUAAAAAAUGAAUUAAAGCUUUUAAUGUUGUUUUUUGUUAUUGAUGUUGUGUUGUUCAUGCUGUUAUUUAUUAAACACCUCAUUACUUGCCUUG